GGCCACACCUAUCUCUUUUCCACGGACCAACUUGUCACUCCGGCAUUUUUUGACGCGAUCGACGACCCCUUCGCGCCUGCCAAUCGACAAGGCGCCACCAGGCCGGAGCCCAAUGCGAGACCGCUCGCUAGUGUGAUGGAGGCGUCCACACGUGACCCUACUGGCCUCAUUUCGAGAAGCCGCUUCUCCUCAGCCCCCCGCAUUUGACCGCCGUCAAACCCACAACAACAGCGGACCGGACCCUCUUGAGGACCCUGUAGUCGAAAAGCGCAACAAAGAUGGACGCCAAUGAUGCUGAGGCGUCUCGGGGCGCAUUUCCGGACGAUAUCGAUGAAGACAUGCAUCAAUUCCUACAGCUCAGGUUCCAGGACCGCGUGUCCGCAAGGAAGCGCGACAACCAGUUAAUAUUCGAGCAGGAGAAGAAGGCGCUCGGAGAGGCCAAAGAAGUGCGGAAAGAGGAGAUGCGAAAGCGAGAGCAGAAGAUGCGAGAGCUCGAGCAGGAGAUGCGAGAGCUCGAGCGCGAGGACGCCGCAGAUACUGACAAGGAAAGAUGUUUGGAGACCAACUACCACGUUGCGAUGCGCAAGUUGAACAGGUUGCGAUGCGUAGUUAAUCUCCAGCAAUCUGCGCCCAGUGAGGAGCCGACUCGUCCGGCCGUUGAACCCUCGAAUGUCGCUGCCACACUAGUGCCGCUUGCUGCAUCGAUACCCCGCACAGGGCCUGAUACUGAGGACGAGCAAGCGCAGAACUCUAGGGAUAUGCAGCAGGGACGAUCGAACAGGUCGAGGCGACUGACCGCCAUAGCGCAACCCCGAAACACGGAUGCAGAACCUGGUGUGAGAUCCGACGCCACCGCAGCUCCGUCUUCACCGUUGCAACGAACGAGUUCUCCACCCCGCCAAACUAGAUCCCACGGUCUAUCAACUCCUGCCAUCACACACCAACAGGGCAGGCGAAGGCGCAAGGCUGGGGAUGAUAAUGAUAAAGAAGAUGGGGACGACGCCAACCAUCGGCCACCGAAACGGUUGAGGGACAACAAUCGGACAGUCUCGUUUGAAGAGGUCUACGGUAAUGGACGUCCCGAGUACAGUCACACAAUCGUCGAGUACCCAGAGGAUAGCGGGAACUGGUUCAUCAUUCGCUGCGAAGAAUGCGGUCUCCACUUCGGACGGAACGCGAUUCAAGGAGGCGCGAAACAUCUCAGCAGUGCAAGGCACGGUCGGCUCCCUAGGAAGUGGGCCUUGGCUGUCCAAGAAUUCGGGUUUCGCGUUCUGGGCUGUGACAAGGACAAGGCAAAACGUAACAAUGAUGCAUUUAAUCGGGCCUCCGAGGCGGGAUAUGUUCCCCGCAAGGGAUUCGCCCGUCAGACGCGCAAUCAACGCCAGCAAUCGGCCGAGACUUCUGAUGAAGAGCCUAGCGAGCCCUUUCAGACAGGCCAUCCCCGCAUAAACGCAACUAGUCUGCAGGGGCAACACCAAAAGGGGAGGGUAUUUGAGGGCGUCAGUGACCCCGUCGUGGGCAGACUGUACCGCGCGUGGUACCGCGGAAAGGGUUUCUACGCAGCCCUGCUGCUACCGCUCGACAGCUUCGAGACCGUUGGCGUUGUGGGCGACAUAUCCAACAUAGACCAACAAAAGAAGGCACCGAAAUGCUAUCGACGAUCCGCAGAGCGCAUCCUCGGCUGGGCCAGUGGUUAUGAGGACGGCGGCCCGAAGUCCCGUGAGAGGAAAUUUCCCAUGAUGUACUUUGAAGGCUCGGCAGAUCUAUCGUUCAGAGGCAGCCUGGUGAUUCCUCCGAGUCUGGGCUGGGUGGCAGCCAAGAAUCUGCGGCCAUUCGAUCCCGAAUGUCAGCGCACUAAAGGUUCCAACAAUGCCCAGACUUUCCUCGAAAGAGCGCGGAUGUCAAACGCCAUAACGGCGGGAGGGACAAGUGCAGGAAAAGAGAGCGACAGAGGGAGUGGUCAGUUGCUUGUCUAGUUACUACUACCGUCAGCUUCUUCCUUUCUUGCCUGGACUGACCAGGCAGUGACGACCAGACGGCCGGGGAACAAACUCGCACCACAGCAACACUCAGACGGCAGAUCGGGCCAGCCAGGACAAAGAUGACCGCGACAAAAACACACAGAACGACGACGCAGAAACCGAGAACGAAGUACAGGGCAGUAUCCGAAACAAACGCGUGUCCGCAUCUGCCAGUAUUCCCUACAACGCUACCCCGGUGACGGUCCAAGACGACGA